AUGGUGUACCAUAUGAAUAUCGACUAUGCCCCUCUAGAGAAGGAGAACGUAUUAGAAGAUAAUGUUGACUUCCUUCUCUUUUGUUCAGCUGGUGGGGCCAUGCAGCGGCGGCAAGGUUACAUCGGGGUGCUGGCUCCGUUCUGCGUGCUGGUCAUCUUCCUCCUCCUCACCCUCACGGCCUCUUACAAGCCAGUUAUUGUCAUCCACGGCUUGUUCGACAGCCCUUCUGACUUCCAGCUUCUGCUUGAAUUCAUCAAUGAGACCCAUCCGGGAACCAACGUCACCGUUGUUGAUCUGUUUGAUCGCACAGAGAGCCUGAAACCCCUCUGGAUGCAAGUGGAAGGCUUCAGGCGAGCCAUGUACCCCAUCAUGCAGAAUGCUGUCGACGGAGUCCACCUGCUUUGCUACUCGCAAGGAGGACUUAUCUGUCGUGCCCUUCUCUCCACAAUGCCUGAUCACAAUGUGGACACCUUCAUCUCGCUCUCUUCCCCACAGAUGGGGCAAUACGGAG